AUGUUGGCAGCAUGGAAGGGACAUAGAGAAGUAUUGGAAUUUCUGCUGUGUGAAGGAGCUGAUGUAGGUCUGGUUGAUAGUCGUGAUGACAACAUCCUUCACUUGGCUAGUGUUGGAGGGGAUGGGUACAUUGUAAAUCUGAUCCUCUGCAAGUACACCACACUUGUGAACAUCGAUGGUAAAGGCAACUAUGGAAAGACUCCAGUCAUGGAGGCAGCAUAUGCAGGCCAUCUACAUCUGUUACAGCAGCUUCGGUCCAAAGGGGCCGAUAUGUCCUUGGUUGAUGAUGGUGGUGACAACGUCCUACACUGGGCAUGUGUGGGAGGACAUAUUGAGGUGGUCAAGUAUAUCCUCUCCAUGACCUGUUUUGACAUCAACUGUCGGGGAGUGUGUGAAAGGACUCCACUGAUGGAGGCAGCUGUCCAUGGUCAUGGGGAAGUGUUUAACAUAAUCGUGAGCAAAGGAGGAGAUUUGACCCUAACAGAUGCCAAGUGUAGGAACAUACUACAUCUCGCCUGUCGUGGAGGGAAUGUGGAAAUUGUGAAGUGUCUCUUGUCCAAGAAUAUUUUCGACAUCAACAGUACAGACCAUUUCGGAAACACGGCACUGAUGGAAGCAACUGCACAACGACAUAGAGAAAUGGUGAACUUACUUCAGAACAAAGGAGGUAAAUCGAGAUAA